AAUAGUAUCGCGUGCCUUGACCUCGAAGUCAAGCCAACUCGUGGGUUUCUUUGCAGUACCAGAUUUGGCUUUUGUUGGUGUAAAAUCGUGGUAGAAAUGGUGUCUGAGAGCGAACGAACCUUCCUUGGGUUGGAUUUGAGUACCCAACAGCUCAAGGCCGCCGUGGUCACCAACAGCCUCGAAAUCAUCCACGAAGCUUCCGUCAUGUUCGACAGCGACCUCCCCGAAUUCCGCACCCACGGCGGCGUCCAAAUCGACAAAACCAACCCCAGCGUGAUCACAGCCCCCACCAUAAUGUGGGUCAAGGCCUUAGACAUGCUCUUAGACAAGCUCACAGUCGCCGGUGUGGAUUUUUCGAAGAUUGCUGCAAUUUCAGGCUCGGCCCAACAACACGGUUCUGUCUACUGGCAAAAAGGCUCUGAAAAAAUCCUUUCAGGACUAAACCCGGGCGAAUUUUUGCACCAACAACUAGCCUCAAGCUUCACAAUUGCGAAUAGCCCAGUUUGGAUGGAUUCCAGUACGAGCAAACAGUGCAAAGAGCUGGAAAAUGCAGUCGGGGGGCCUCAAAAACUAGCCGAAAUUACGGGGUCUAGGGGCUAUGAGAGGUUCACAGGGCCCCAAAUCGCCAAAAUAAAACAAACCAAACCCGAGGCCUACAAAAACACCGAACGAAUUUCUUUAGUUAGUAGCUUCUUGUGUUCACUUUUCUUGGGUAAAAUCGCCCCAAUUGACAUUUCGGACGGGUCAGGGAUGAAUCUCAUGGAUAUUAAAACGAAAAAAUGGCAUUUGGACUUACUGGAAACCAUUGGGCCUGAUUUAGGGGAAAAACUGAAUGGUUUAGUACCAUCGAAUAGUGAUGUUGGUCAAAUUUCGCCGUAUUUUGUCGAAAGGUAUAGUUUUGACCCCAAUUGUCGGAUUAUUGCGUGUACUGGAGACAAUCCAGCAUCGCUUGUGGGAAUGAGACUAAAUGAGGGUUGGCUAGCAGUGAGUUUGGGCACAAGUGACACUCUUUUUUUGUGGUUAAAUGAGCCCAAAAUUGUGCUAAACGGACACAUUUUGUGCAACCCAAUUAACCCAAACGCGUAUAUGGCCAUGCUAGUUUUCAAAAACGGGUCUUUGACGCGAGAAAGAGUGAGAAAUGCGUGUGCUGAGUCAAACUGGGACAUUUUCAACCAACUCUUAGACAGUACACCACGUGGCAAUUUCGGGAAUAUGGGAUUGUACUACGACGUUCAGGAAAUCCUCCCGUUUCUUUCAGGCGAUUUCAGAUUUAACAAAGCCGGAGACCGUGUUUCAAAAUUCACGAGUUUGGAAGUCGAAGUCCGGGCCUUGAUCGAAGGCCAAUUCAUCGCAAGACGGGCUUAUGUCGAAGACCUUGGGUUUAAAUUGGACAAAAAGACGAAAAUUCUCGCAACAGGAGGGGCUUCCAAUAAUAAAGCCAUCCUCCAAGUCCUUUCGGACGUCUUUAACGCGCCUGUCUACCUCCUAGACGAAUCGAAGUCAGCCACAUUAGGGGCCGCUUAUCAGGCCAAACAUGGACUUUUAGGCCCCCAAAGCGACUAUUUCGAAGUCACAUCGUGUCUCCCCCCACCACGACUUGUCUGUCAACCAUAUUCCGACGCUAGCGACAUCUAUGAACCAAUGGUUGGGAGAUAUAGAAAAUUAGAAGCUAUGCUAUUGGCUAAUAAUACGUAAUUGUUUUAUUGACUCAAUACAUUUUAUUUUUUGCGA